CCUCGGUACCGGAGGGCGACAUUACAGCGAAUAAACAACCUAACGUUACAUUACAUCUACUUUAUUCUACUCCUUGAUGAUUGUUACAUUAUGCAAAGCAGACCAGUUUUGUUAUUCUUUUCAGGAGCUACUGUCGGCGUCACGGAGACUGCAACAGCAUUAGGACUUUUAGCUGUGUGUCCAGCGGCCACAGCUGGACACCAGCCGUAUCCUAGCAACGCGAUCCAGACGACCGAUGACCUCCAGGGCGCAGCUGUGGUGGUACAGUUUGAUAUCUGUAAUGUAUUUGAGUAUUUCCCUAAAAUAAAAAGUUAGACUCUCAUUCUAAAACGCACUUGACUGCUAUAAUUACUCUUAUUACGAUUUAGGUGAACAGAAUAUGAAAUAGCAGAAGGCGCAAAGCUUAUAAUUACAGCAGCUACUGAGUGCAGGACACAUAUUAAUAUCCACUGUCAUAGUCCUAAAUAUUAUUUUUAUUCUUGAGCUGUUUUUUUAAACUUCAUAAGCUCUAUUAAAUUUAAAUUAAAUUUAUUUAAAUAAAAAUAAAUUGUGAAUUUGAAACCGCGUUAGAACGUGACUUUUUAAAGUAGCUAAAACUGCGACAUAGGAUCAUCUAAACAAUGAGUCCUUUAGUAAAAUUAUAAGCAAAAAAAUGUGUUUAAUCAAUAUUAUAUUCGCGUUUAAAAUAAUCACGAGGCAUAGUGUGGCCCUGGCAGCAGAGCCAGCGGUAACGGGGGGUUCCAUUAUCAUAAGGGGGUGAAUUCAUUAGGAGACGCCGGAAGCAGCAGGUUGGUGCAGCACAACAGGGAGGAGAGCGCCGAGAUUAUCAAAGCCUCCACCCAAGCGGUCUGUCUGUCUUUUCAGCCCAAAAUGUCUCUAACCCAGGAAGCUGUGCUGUCUUUUCUGCUGGAGCGCGGAGGUAAAGCGAAGAACUCGGAGCUCGUGAACAGUUUCAGGAGCCAGAUCAACAGCAGCGACACCGCGGAACAGCGGCACAAUAGGGAGCUCUUCAAGCGGCUGGUCAACAGCGUGGCCGUGGUCAAACAGCUCGACGAGGUCAAGUUUGUAGUCGUGAAGAAACGGUAUCGGGACUUCGUUAGGGACGCGGCGCACGGCGGCUCGCCGGAAACGCAGACGGAUGAAAGUGUCUCGAGCCGAAGCGCGAGCUUCGCGCACACGUCUCCGCAUCGAGCGGACGCAGCCUGGAUGAUGCGCGCAGACAUGGACAACAACAACCUCUGCUGUGCGAUAAACGCCAAUGACACCUGUGAUGCCCAACAAACGCGUGGGGAGAACACGAGGGCGUUCUCGAUGGACGCCGGUGUGGACGCAGCCACCGUCAAAGUCCUGAAUAUCACCGGAGAUCGGACGAGCAGAGCCCGGAAAUCUGGAGCCGUGUUCGCGGUCAUCGCAGUCAAGUCCCCACCGAGAGAGUCCGCACCAGCAACUCAGAAUGGAUUGAGAUCCCACGUGGAUUUGCAUGAGAACACAGGCAAGCCGAUGGCAGUGGGAAGUAAAGUUUCUGCACCAACUGUGCCAAGUCUGAACUUAACCUUUCCGGCUUGUAAGAGGGAUGAAUUAAUAAGUGGGACACUCACUGGGAAACUCAGGCAGACAGGAUUUCCCCAGGCGAGGCCCCCGAACAAGCCCACAAGACAGACAGAUGAUUCAAAGUACUGUGAGUCAGUGCCUUUGGAGCCAUUAGCUCACGAGUGGCUGGUGAAGUGUGCCGCGGGGCUGUGGGGGCAGAUCUACGCUCUGCUGAUGCUGGACACUCGCUUAGCGCACAGGAAAGACUUCAUGUCAGGCUUCACAGCGCUGCACUGGGCCGCCAAGGGCGGCAACAGCGAGAUGAUGCACGCGCUCAUGGACGUCGCAAAGAACACGGGAGGCGCCUACGUCAACGUCAACAGCAAAGCGCAUGGAGGAUACACGCCGCUGCACAUUGCAGCCAUACACGGCCACACGGAGGUCAUGGUUGUGCUUGUGCGGGUUUAUGGAGCCGAUGUUCAUUUGAGGGAUAAUGAUGGAAAGAAGGCGUUCCACUACCUGGGCAGCGGCGCGUCCGCCGAGGUGAGAGCACUUCUGAGAGGACUGCAAGAGAGCGAGUACGUGGAGAAGACGGAUGGGGAGUCCAGAGACCCCCCGAAGGGGUUCAACACCAUCAGUAAACUGUUCCAGCCCCACAUUGGAAGGAAACAAAAGGCAUCAACCAGGCUAGCUCUGGACUGAUGAGAGGGACAUUGAUGGACAAUAUCCAACUGUAAGACAUAAAACAGGCAUCAAACUAUUGUUGCUGAUGGAUCACUUUAAUUGUAGCACUUAAUGUGUAGUUACUGACUAUGUAAGGUCUGUUUGUCUUACACAGUGUAUCACUGUAUGUAGUUUAAAUUGAAUUUAACAUAUAUUUUAGAGUUGACUUAUUUAAAGUAAGUGAAUUAAAAGUAGUUAAUAUUUUGCACGUCAUGUAAUCCUUGAUUCACAACUUUAGCAUAUGAGAAAAUGGAAUUAGACCAAACCUGAAACCUAUAAACACUGGUGUAAAAUGUGUCA